AUACUGUACUAGCAAGUGAGAGUGCAGGGGACUCUCCAAGGAUGAGAGGGGAGGGAGAGGAGGGAUCCUAGGUCGGUAGUGAGAGAGAAAGGAUCACAUCCUUCCUGGGUUCAGAGGGAAAGUGCAGAUAACAUCCUGGGGGUGUGGUUCAUUGGGUCGACCCAAACUAGGUCGACAGUCAUUAGGUCGACACCUGAAAUAUGUUGACAUUGUCAUGAGGUCGACACGGACAAGGUCGACAUGGAAAAUGGCGACAUGAGUUUAUUUAAAAGAAAAUUGGUGUAGUUUUUUUCUUCGUAAUGUGCCCGGGAACCCCAAUUAGUGCACCGUGUCCCAUCGCAUGGCUCGCAAGCUUCGGGCAAGGGUUAGGUUACUACCGUAUUCCCAAUCAUAGUCCAAAGACAUGCCCACUUUCCUGGGGGUUUUGGUGGUGGUGGAGGGGGGGUGUCCAGAAAUAUCACCUGAAUUUCAGGAAGCCUCCUGGCUGUACUAGGAUUUGGUUUCUGGCUAUUUCAAGAAAGUGUAAAAAGUCAUGGCAUCUGGAAAAAACCUUCAAGGCAAGAAGUUUGUUAGCCAGGGAGAAGUUAAGAAGAUGGAUCCGAUGCAGAGAGCCAGAUUCUUGGCAUAUGAGCAGCCCAGAAAAUCGAUAGCUGAGUCACUACUCAUUACUAAGAAGCGACUGAAAGAGCAUGCUCUCAGGGUCCCCCAAGGGCCCCAGGGACACAUCCCAGACCCUGAGCAGGAAAGGCAAACAAAGGUGGUGGGACAACUGAAGGCUGCAGAAGCAAGAAACCGCAUACAUCUGAUGAGAGUUCGCUACCAAAGCAUGAGAUACACAGGCCCUGACCCCAGUGAGUCUCCCAUGUCACGAUAUGACAGGAACCAGCCUACCCGGAAUCACCGGUCCAACCCUUGUUGCUUCUGCUGGUGUUGUUGCUGCAGCUGUUUCUGGAAUGAAGAUCGCAACAGACGCCGGAGAUUAUCCCGAGACACCAAGUUGGAGGCUGUCUCUCACUGUGAGGUCUGCACAAAGCCAAGCUCAGAUGAGGUGCACAGCUGGUCCCAUUCAUUUGAGAAGCUGAUGAAGAAUCCUGCUGGACGCAACUUGUUCCGUGAAUUCCUCCGCACCGAGUACAGUGAGGAGAACAUGCUGUUCUGGCUGGCAUGUGAGGAGCUGAAGAAAGAUAACGGCAAGCACAGCGUGGAAGAAAAAGCACGAAUAAUCUAUGAGGACUAUAUAUCUAUCUUGUCUCCGAAAGAGGUCAGUCUGGAUUCCCGGGUUAGAGAGGUGAUCAACCGGCGGAUGCAGGAUCCCUCCUCUCACACAUUUGAUGAUGCUCAGUUGCAGAUAUACACCCUGAUGCAUAGAGACUCCUACCCACGAUUCCUCAACUCGGGCAUUUACAAAGCCCUCCUGCAGAAUAUUUCACGCUCCAGUUCGGAGUCAUAGGUUUGACAUGGCCAAGAUGCUCCAGAGACAGAUUGAAACACACAUUUUAUACAAGCCGCUGGGAGUAAGAGGGGGAAGCAAAGGACAGUUGUUUCAAGUUCCAUGUUCUCCAACCACCUUCCAAGGCCCAUAGUCCUUUUGAGCCCGAAGCAGGAGAGCCUCUGCCAGUGUGUGACUAGUGCUCCCGUGGUUUGGAACGAAAACGUGACAGUCUUCACCUCACAUCUCUCCUGGUCUUUCUCCCCCUUUGUUCUCUGUAGACUGUGUGCAGGAAGACAAAGGGGAAUUAGGUACUGUAUGGGGGGAAAUUUACCUCAGGACAAAAAUACUACUGAACUCCCCAUGAGGUCCUGAGAGGGUGGUGGUCAAGUUGAUUUUAUAUGAAUGCCCUUCGUGAUGGAAAGGGCUUGGCAGGAGAGCUUGGGAAAAUGUGGGACAAAGAUUUUAAAUUGCACUCCAGGCUUAACAGUUCAGAACUGGAAGAGUUAAAUUGCUGGAGUUAAGGGGGCCUGGAUGUCUAUAUCUGUACCCCUCUUUUGCUAUUGUGAAAUGAACACCCCCCCUCAUUGUGCAAUGUCUGCUAUGUAAAAAUAAGGAUUAAGGGGGGAGGUACGAUUUUAUCCAAUUUAGGAUUUUUUUUUAACAUUUUUUUAUUUUACAUUUAGAAUGUUGUGGGAGCAAGGUCUUUUCCUAGCCAGGGGAGAGGAUGCAUUGUGGAAGAUUUUUAGAUACAUAACAGAGUAUUUAUACAUAGUCAACACAUAUAUUAGACACAUGACAUGCCAACCAUACGCAGGCUGGGGGUCUGUUUACAGUGAUAAUUUUAAAAACCCCCAGCUGAAAUUCUUAUAACCUAUUUACAUUUGCGGCUGAGAGUUAUUUGAGGACGAUGCAAUGCUCUGCAGAUCCUGCCUCCUAAUUGAAUGGAACUCCGCCUCCUCAGGUUGGGGUAAUUGUCUCUCCCUGUUAGCCAAUCUACCUGAAACUACCAAAUACUCCAGCACUCCUUGAGCAGAUGUCACCGCCUGACAGUGUUACUUUGUUUCAACACCUCCAUGAAAAUUUUAACAGACUUUUUAUAAAAAUAUAUAUAUAUGUAUAAAUAUAUAUAUAUCUAUAUAACA